AUGAAGAAAAACGCCUCGGCCAAGCCGCUCUUUCUGGCUUGGGGCGGAGCUGCGGCAGCAGGUUCGGCGCUGGAGGUUCCGCGGGAGUUGGGGGAGUGUCUGGGGCUGGCGGAGGGGGAGGGGGUGCGCGUAAGGGUGCGCCUGUGGGGGAGCAUUCCGCCCGCGGAGGCUGUACACGUGGCACCUGCCACGUCAGACGACUGGGAGGUGCUGGAGCUGAAUCCGGCGCUCCUGGAGGAGACCAUUCUGCAGCAGGUGGGCGCGGUUGCAGCAGGGCAGUCCUUCCCCAUAUGGGCGCAGGGCCAAGCCCCCCUGCGCCUAUGCGCGCUCUCCGCCUCCCCAUCCCCCCUGGUGCGCCUGGUGCCCGGAUCCGAGCCCUUUGAUUGGUCCGUCGUUUUAAGCCAAGCACACGGCAGCUCCCGCAAUGACGUGGCACUCUGUGAUACGCGUGGCUCGUGCAUAGAAGGCGCCAGUCCGACAGGUGACUGCCACGUCAGCAGCAAGGCAGCUGUAGCAGAGAGUAGCAGCAGAGGAGGUGGAGGUGGGGAGAGCGGUGGGAUGGCAGUGGUGGAGCCAGCAGGGUGUGUGUUUGUGAGCGAAGUGGACUGGAAACGAGUGGGCGGGGCACAGCUGCAGCACGGCUCUUCUCCUGUUCGGAACGACCGGACCUGCCUCGCGCACACGGAGUUUGUCAGUUGCUCUAGGCUCGGGUCCGAACCUGUGAAGGAGGUUCGGCGGGUGCUGGGGAGGGCGGUGGCGCGGGCCAAUGAGAGGGCGCCAGCUGUCGUUGUGUUGGACGAUCUGGAUGUGCUGGUUCCGGGGGCGAGUGGGGGGCCGGAGGAAGGGACAGGUGGCGGCGCGGGAUUGGUGGAGUUCAUUGCUGAUCUGAUGGAUGAAUGCCAGGUGAGGCAACUGUCGGUUCAUCUCAGCAUUCGUGGUUGCCUCAACAUGCCAGCCCCCUCCCCAUCCGCCAUAUCCCCUCAACUCCGUGCCGCAUGCCGCUUUGACACCCCUGUGGAGCUACCCGCCAUGGGGGAGGGCGAGAGGGCAGCGCUGCUCAGGCGGAUCCUGCAGGAGAGGGGGAUUGGGUGGCAGGGAGGGGAUGCUCUGCUCCAAUCGGUGGCCGCCAGGUGUCAGGGCUGCGACGCGUCGGAUCUCGAGGUGCUGGUCGAUCGUGCCGCUCACGCGCGACGAGGGCGUAUGAUGUUUGAAGCAGGGAGAGGGAGGAGAGGGAGUGGUGGGGAUGGGGACGGGGAUGGGGAAGAGGAUGGUAAAGGGGAUGCAAAAGGGGAUGGACAAAGGGAUGACAAGGGACAAGGAGUGGAAGGGAAGAGAAGAGAGAUGAAGGGAGGCAGAGUAGCCAUGAUGGUUCCAGGAACAGCCCGAGGAGAGCAGCGGCCGGCACAGGAGCAGGUGGAGCAGGAGCAGCGAGUGCAGUCGACACAGCAGGUGCAGCGGGGGCAGCAGCAACAUCCCCUCCUCCUCUCUGAACCAGACUUCACAACCGCCCUCCAAGGCUUCGUCCCAGCAGCAGUGCGCGGCGUCGCCAAACUCUCCUCCUCCUCCGACCCCUCCUCCUCCUCCACCUCCUCCUCCCCCCAGCUAGGCUGGGACGACGUGGGAGGAAUGGCCGACGCCCAAACAGCCCUUAGGGAAGUCUUAGAGCUCCCAGCGCAGCACUCCCAUAUCUUUGCCUCCGCUCCUCUCCGCCUUCCCACCGGCGUGCUCCUUUUCGGCCCUCCUGGGUGCGGCAAGACUCAUAUUGUCGGCGCCGCUGCUGCUGCGUGUGGGAUUCGGUGCGUCUCUGUGAAAGGCCCCGAGCUGCUGAAUAAGUACAUCGGAGCUUCGGAGCAGGCGGUUCGGGGCGUGUUCUCCCGAGCCUCCCGCGCUGCUCCGUGCAUUUUGUUUUUCGAUGAGUUUGACGCGAUUGCGCCAAGAAGAGGGCAUGAUAGCACAGGGGUGACUGACAGAGUAGUGAAUCAGCUACUAACGGAGCUUGAUGGUGUGGAGGGGUUAGAGGGGGUGUUUGUGGUAGCAGCUACGAGCCGUCCAGAUCUGAUCGAUCCGGCUCUGCUGCGUCCUGGACGGUUGGAUCGGCUCGUGCUCUGCGAUUUCCCCGGGGAGGAGGACCGGCUGGCGAUUCUGCGCGCGCUUUCCAGGACGCUUCCUCUGGGUGCUGACGUGGACCUUGCUGAGCUGGCGCGGCGCACGGAGGGGUUCAGCGGGGCGGAUCUGCAGGCCUUGCUGGCAGAUGCACAGCUGGCGGCAGUGCAUGCUGUGCUGGAUGAGAGUGAGAAGGGGGGAGGAGGGGAGGAUGGGAAGGAGGGAGGAGGGGAGGGUGGGAAAAGGGGAGGAGGGGAGAGCGCGAAGGGAGGAGGAGAGGAGGCGGCGGCUGGGAAGGAGAAGAGAAGUGGAGAUGGAGGGGAAGAUGCAGCAGAGGUGGAAAGGGGAUCAGGGAGGCAGGCAGUGGGGGCUGAAGAGGCAGCGGAGGAGGCACCAGGUACAGAGGACCAGAAGAAGGGUGGGAGAGCGAAGGCAGGAGCAGCAAGGAAGGGAAGGAAGGGCAGAAAAGGGAAAAAGGUGGAGGUUGUGGAGGCAGGGAGGCCGGUACUGGGGAGGGUGCAUCUGGAGCAGGCUGUGGGGAGCGUGCGGCCGUCCGUGUCAGCAGCAGAGAGGCAGCGGCUGUCGGAUAUCUACGAUGAGAUGAUGGGUGCGAGGAAGGGGAGCAGCGCUGCUGCCAUGGCUGAGAGGAAAGGGAAACGAGCCACGCUAGCUUAG